GCUCCAAGCCAUCAGCAAUCCUUAGCAUAGGGGCACACUCAUGCAUUCCUGUCAAGUCAUCUUGUGAAAGGCUGCCUGCUUCCAGCUUGGCUUGGAUGUACAACCUUAAUAAAACUCACUGAGGUCUGGGAGAAAAUAGCAGAUCUGCAGCAGAUAGGAUAGAGGAAAGGGUCUAGAAUAUGUACACGCAGCUGACUCAGGCAGACUCAUGCUGAACGGUUACACAGAGAGGAAACAAUAAAUCUCAGUUACUAAGCAAUAAAUAUCUCAAGUUUUUUAACUAGGGAGCUUGUUACAGUGACAUAAAAAAUCUAUAACAUUUAGAACAAAGUUAACAAAUGGCAAGUUUUCUAUGUUUCUUCUUCAAAAGCUUUGUCUGAGGGGAUACAGUCAAACAAACAAGCAGCUUUUUACCUGAAAUAAAGAACUCAUUUAAAGGUCAGAAGAAAGGAGCAAGUUUGCAGGAGACACGGAGGAAAGAGAGUGCUGGCAGUACAAUGACAGUUUUCCUUUCCUUUGCUUUCCUCGCUGCCAUUCUGACUCACAUAGGGUGCAGCAACCAGCGCCGAAGUCCAGACAACAGUGGGAGAAGAUAUAACCGGAUUCAACAUGGGCAAUGUGCCUACACUUUCAUUCUUCCAGAACAUGACGGGAACUGUCGUGAGAGUACGACAGACCAGUACAACACAAAUGCUCUGCAAAGAGAUGCUCCACACGUGGAACCAGAUUUCUCUUCCCAGAAACUUCAACAUCUGGAACAUGUGAUGGAAAAUUAUACUCAGUGGCUGCAAAAAAUUGAGAAUUACAUUGUGGAAAAUAUGAAGUCAGAGAUGGCCCAAAUACAGCAGAAUGCAGUUCAGAACCACACGGCCACCAUGCUUGAGAUAGGAACGAGUCUCCUUUCUCAGACUGCAGAGCAGACCAGAAAACUCACAGAUGUUGAGACCCAGGUACUAAAUCAAACUUCUCGACUUGAAAUACAACUUCUAGAGAAUUCAUUAUCAACAUACAAACUAGAGAAGCAACUUCUUCAGCAGACAAAUGAAAUUCUAAAGAUUCACGAGAAAAACAGUUUAUUAGAACAUAAAAUAUUAGAAAUGGAAGGAAAGCACAAGGAAGAGUUGGACACCUUAAAAGAAGAAAAAGAGAAUCUCCAAGGGUUGGUUACUCGUCAAACAUAUAUAAUCCAGGAACUGGAGAAGCAAUUGAACAGAGCUACAACCAAUAACAGCGUUCUUCAGAAACAGCAGCUGGAGCUGAUGGACACAGUGCAUAAUCUUGUCAACCUUUGCACUAAAGAAGGUGUUUUACUAAAGGGAAGCAAAAAAGAAGAGGAAAAACCAUUCAGAGACUGUGCAGAUGUGUAUCAAGCUGGUUUUAAUAAAAGCGGAAUCUACACUAUUUAUAUUAAUAAUAUGCCAGAACCCAAAAAGGUAUUUUGCAAUAUGGAUGUUAAUGGGGGAGGUUGGACUGUAAUACAACAUCGUGAAGAUGGAAGUCUGGAUUUCCAAAGAGGUUGGAAAGAAUACAAAAUGGGUUUCGGGAAUCCUUCAGGAGAAUAUUGGCUAGGGAAUGAGUUUAUUUUUGCCAUAACCAGUCAGCGGCAGUACAUGCUAAGAAUUGAGUUAAUGGACUGGGAAGGAAACCGAGCUUAUUCUCAAUAUGAUAGAUUCCACAUAGGAAAUGAAAAGCAAAACUACAGGUUGUAUUUAAAGGGUCACACUGGGACAGCAGGAAAACAGAGCAGCCUGAUAUUACAUGGUGCUGAUUUCAGCACUAAAGAUGCUGAUAAUGACAACUGCAUGUGCAAAUGUGCCCUCAUGCUAACAGGAGGAUGGUGGUUUGAUGCCUGUGGCCCAUCAAAUCUAAAUGGAAUGUUCUACACUGCGGGGCAAAACCAUGGAAAACUGAAUGGGAUAAAGUGGCAUUAUUUCAAAGGACCCAGUUACUCCUUACGUUCCACAACCAUGAUGAUCCGACCUUUAGACUUCUGAAGACACAAUAUUGGAAUAGACAAUGAAAGAAGUAUCAAAGAAAUCUGGAGAAACUACCAGAUGUGAAAGUGCUUGAGACUCUCUGAAGCAAGUCACAUUGUCUCCCUUCCAGCAGCACGUGGCAGAAAUAUGACGUCUACAAGGUUCUUGCCUGUGGAUUUGAAGCCUUUCAGUUCACUACAGUUAGCGUUUAGUGUAACCAUAUUCACAUGGCUUGACUACCAGAGAAUGCCACUAACUGUCAUGCUUAAAAAGGGAAGAAACUGCUCAGCUCACUGUGCUUCAAACUACUACUGGAUCUUACUUGGAUACUAUGGUCACCAGAUGAUGAAUGUGUGUGUAUGUAUGUGUGUGUGUGUUUUGUAAAACUGAAGAAGAAAACUGAAAAAAAAUAAUGGAAAGAAUAUAAGUGAAGAAUAGAAACAUGCGUGCUAGAACCCUUUGGAAAAAAUAUCUUAAACCUAUAAAUGCUAUUAUUUCUAUGUAAACUUCAAUUUUAGUCAGUUCAGAAAGAACAGUAUCGCUAUCUGAAUUGAUUAAUGAACCUCAGAAGGCUAAUUACUGAAUCUUACUAAGUUCAGUUAAUCCAUCUUCAAAUGUAAAUUUUAUUUUGCUAAACCAUAAUAAAUUACAGUGUGUGAAGAAUAACAGUGUAACAUAGAAACUUGCUAUCUUGCUGAUUUUUUAUACAGUUUUGGAAAACCAUGUAAGGACAUAUAUACUGAAAAAUUAUCCCACCCUCAUUCUAGAGAUUUCAUUUACUUUAAAAACUGAUGACAUAUAAAUAUAUUUAUAGCCUGAGUAAAAUUUAAUGGAUGUGAGAUAUAUCAGCAAGUUCUUAAUAUACAUGAAUUUAAUAUUUCUUUAGAUAGUGCACAUGAAAGCAGUAUUUUAGAAUAAAUGUAUUAAGUUGAAUUAAUGCCAAAAAAAAAAAAACUGGAGCAGUUCAUUUUGCAGCCUCUUCUUGUAUGUGUACAUUUAAGUGGAACUUCAUUCUUUUAUAAAUGUUUUUAGAUCUUCAGUUCUUCACCAUGUUAUUUUAUGCUAAUUUAAUUUUUGCUAAUUAACUGAAACAUGCUUUCCAUAUUCAUCCUGUUCCCAUUUAAGAGACACUUUGAAGUCAGUGGCAAAUAAGAGAAGAAUUAUAAAUACCAUUGUACAUAGUAUGUUUAUAUCCAGGAUAAUAUUAAUGGCUAUUCCAUCGGGAGUGUGAAACAUUACUUUCAAUUUAUGCAAAUAAACACAAAUUUUCAAAGAAGUUUGCUAUGACACUUUAUCAAAUGCAUUGUACCAUAUUUUACUCCUUCAGAUGCUUACUUGAGUGAUUUUUUAUUUUUUUUUUAAAGUAUGGUUAUAAAGAUCUAUGUUGGGGGGCAAGUUUUAGUUUUGCAUAGACCUAUAGUAGUAAGAUGAGAAAUUUUACCUGUGUGUCAACAACUGUACUGUAAACCAUUGACUCACCAAUAAAGUGCUUAAAAAUAUGAUUAGUGUGAAAAAUUAGCAAAAGAAAAAAGUGUAACAUGAGAAAUACACACAAAAUUAUGAAUGAUAGGGACCUAAUAAAAUUCUUAAUUCUAACUGAUAUAAAAGCUCUCAACUGAAAAAUAUUCACAUGAGAUAACCUAUUUUAAGUGAAUUUUUGAGCACAGACUUUUGUGGAAAUUGGAAUUUAUUAUAAUAUUUUAUUGAAAAGUGUUUUCUGCUGCUAUGUAUUCAAGCUUACAAAGAUGAACUAUUAUUAUUAAAACAUGAAUUUCUAUGAAAUAAGAAAGAUAAGUCUUUCUUUAAAAAAUUAGUGACUUCUUCAAGAUAACUCUACCAAGAUAACUAUAUCUCAGGUUUUACUCAUUGCUAAUUCAUGACUUCCAUUUAAGAGAAUAAAACUAUUCACAGUUUUCAUAUAUCUGUCUGUAAAGUUUACCAUCAAGUUUUUAUAUUUAUGGGUUUGAAUACAACACGUUUUGCAUUUCAGGUGAUAGUUGCAGGUGUUCUACAGUUUUCUGUUCCUGGUGAUUCAUUGAUGGCACUGUUUAUCCUCUUUCACUAAGCACCUCCGGUUAUUUUUCUGUGAGUGAAUGGAAGUGAGUGCUUUGACUUUUUGAUGUUCCUACAGAUAUUUUUUAUCAUAUUUUGAUAAGUAAUAGUACUUCUCAACUCUUAUUACACAAAUAAAAUAAAAUAAUUGAAAAAAAGGAUUAUAUUUACUGUUUUGUUAUCUGGACUUGAAAAAUGAAAUUUUGUCUCCAAUUAUUUAUAAUAAAGCAGAAUAAAAUGUU